CCCCGAGGGGGAGGCGGAGCCGCCGCGUCACGUGAGUCCCCCCGCUCCAGCUCCCGCCGCCGCCGCCGCCGCUCCAGCUCCAGCUGUCUUUCUCUGUCUCGGGUGAGGCAGCCAUCUUGCUCUGGCCGCGUGCUGGUGUUGGAGGACCCUCCCUGUUUCAGAUUUAUCAACAGCAUGAAUCAAGAAAAGUUAGCCAAACUUCAGGCUCAGGUCCGGAUAGGGGGCAAGGGUACAGCUCGCAGAAAGAAGAAGGUGGUACAUAGAACAGCUACAGCUGAUGACAAAAAGCUUCAGAGUUCUCUAAAAAAACUGGCAGUGAAUAAUAUAGCUGGUAUUGAAGAGGUGAACAUGAUUAAAGAUGACGGGACAGUUAUUCAUUUCAACAACCCCAAAGUACAAGCUUCCCUCUCAGCUAACACCUUUGCAAUUACUGGUCAUGCAGAAGCCAAACCAAUCACAGAAAUGCUUCCCGGAAUAUUAAGUCAGCUCGGAGCUGACAGCUUAACAAGUCUUAGAAAGUUAGCAGAACAGUUCCCUCGGCAAGUGUUGGAUAGCAAGGCACCAAAACCAGAAGACAUUGAUGAGGAGGAUGAUGAUGUUCCAGAUCUUGUAGAAAAUUUUGAUGAAGCAUCAAAGAAUGAAGCAAACUAAAAUCUUUUCUGGUUUUUGGAAGCUGGCAUGGACUAGAUUUAACAAAUCAGCUAUGUGGUUCCAAAGUUUUACAGACAUGGAGAACAUCACAUUACUAGUACAGUAAUAUAAAUAUUUUGUAUAUUAACAAUGCUGUUUAUUCAGCAUUUUUUGGUCAUUUGAUUUUGCAUUUUGCACUUCCAGGAUCUAUACUUUUGGUCAAAAUAUGAAGUAGUGGUGCAGUUUGAGGGUUUUGGGUUUUAGAUUCUUCUUUUUGGGGGGGGUGUCUUUGGUGUAUGUAUGUAUAUGUAUGCGUGUGGUAUGUGUGUUCACAGUGGAGAGCAAUUCGAAAACAGUUCUAUUUAUCCUCUCCUUCCCUAGUAGAAAUAAAGCAAAUCUUCCCAUUUGUUACCUUUUUUCCCCAAUAAUGAACAGAAUUAAUGAAAAAUGAGUACUUGACUUCAGAUCUAAAGAGUUUUUUUUUUUUAUCAUUGGAGGUCUGGUUUUAAUUUACUUGGCUAACUAUCAUAGUUUUCAUACAUUUUUCUGGGUUCAAAUGUCUUGAGACAUUUUGCCAUCCACUUGUAGCUGAAGUAACAAGUUGGGUAUCUUUGGUGUGGUUGCCUUUGGUUCAUUCUACCGAGUCAGACCCAGAAGAACUUCUACUAGCUUUCUUCCUGAUAGGCUAUUUUCCCUCUCACUUUGGUCUUUAAAUAGCCUGAUCCGCCUUUGGUAAUUAAUAUUCUUCCUCAUCUUCUGCCUAGCCUAAGAGGGAUGUUCUCCAUAGAGAGUUAAAUGAGUGCCUAGUACCUCUUUUUGUAAGAUUUUGUUCCCUCAUCUUGAGGAACAACGAUUCCAUCUUUAGCUUUAUAUUUCCCCUCAAUGUUACCGUUUGGUAGAUUUCAAACUAAAGUAGCAUGUGCUUUUUUUUUCUAGCAUGUGCUUGCUAGAAACAUUCAUGCCAGCCAUAUCCUGUAUCCUAGCUGUUCUCAUUAGCAGGUGCAAGAAUGCCUCUGUUUCCGCAAAGUUGACAUUUCGAAUGUCCUUUUAAAUGAUUUAAAAAAAAAAAAUAGGCCAUAGACUCAUGCUCUAGCACAAAUGGGCAUUCCAUAACAUGGUACUGGCCUCAAGGGGAUUCAUCAUUCCUACUCUUGGCCUUGAACCUACCUCUAGGUUAGAUCUUAUUAUUGUAACUGCUCACAACACCCUCUGCAUGCUUAUAACAAUGCUUUGGGAGGGGGAGCACUGUAAAACACACUAUUUAUUUUUCACCUUUUAGAGGGUCUUGGAGAUAAGUUGCAUUCUUUCACUCAAGUUUCCUUCUUGCUAUUUGCUAAAAGCUUGCAUUUUGCAUAUCAGCAUUUAUUAUAUCCAAUAUUUUAAGGAUAAGAUUUAGAAAAUCUAGCAUUUUUCUGGCCUAUCACUAUACUAACUGCAGCUUAACCAUACAGCAUUCCAGCUUAUGUUUCAAGGUAGAUAUCUUUACUUGAUAUCUAAAGUUCAAGACCAACAACAUGAGAAAUCUGUAGACAUGAAGGCAUAGUUCUUGUGGAGGUUUUUUCUUUUUCAUCCAAACACUUCAAGUCCUAUUUUAUAAGUUCGUUGAUUUUCCUGUUAUGUUUUAUUUAAUAUAUGGACUUAAUAAAAUAACAGUAAUAAAAUAACAGUACAAAGGAGGACCGUA